UAGUCUAGCAAGAAACAUUCCCAAAACACAGUAACAAAAGUCUUUCCUUUUCAGCACUUUUUUCUUUCAUAUUACAGAAGCCAUGGAUUUCAGGGUGAUGAGUUUGGAGUCUCCACUGUUUCACACGCUGCAACACAUGAUGGACAUGCCAGACGACUCUGCAGGGGACAACAAGACAUACAAUGCUCCGACACGGUCAUAUGUGCGAGACGCCAAGGCAAUGGCUGCAACACCUGCGGAUGUGAAGGAGUAUUCGAAUUCUUACAUGUUCGAGAUAGACAUGCCCGGUUUGAAAUCUGGGGACAUAAAGGUUCAGGUUGAAGACGACAACGUGCUUCUGAUUAGUGGGGAGAGAAAGAGGAACGAAGAAAAAGAAGGAGCAAAGUAUCUCAGAAUCGAGAGAAGGGUUGGGAAGUUAAUGCGCAAGUUUGUGCUACCUGAGAAUGCUAACACGGACGCUGUUUCAGCAGUGUGCCAAGAUGGGGGUGCUUAGUGUUACCGUGCAGAAAUUGCCUCCUCCUGAACCUAAGAAGCCUAAGACUAUUGAGGUUAAUGUUGCUUGAACCUUAAGAACUAAAUUAAAUAAACGAGCGUUUCGCUUUUAGACAAAUUCUUGUGUGAAGGGUAAGGGGUUGUCUCUGUAAGAAGCAGAGUUUUUACUUUUCAGUUGUUUCAAGAUUUUUUUUUUGGUUUGUUUGUAAUUUCUUAUUGAAGUGAUUUGUGGCUUUGUAGUGUUAUGAUAAUGAAAUAAUAUCAGCCAAUGAUCUUA